AGGGGUUUUAUGCCCCAACAACAGUCGCCAGAAAUCGGACUCGCGCAACUUCUCUCCGCUCUGCCCGUCGGAGCUUCCAAAUUCUUUCAUUUGCAACAAUGGCGGUCUCCAAAUCAAAGAAAUCCUCAACCGACCCGGAAGACCUAGAGCUUCUCAAGACAGACGUAGCCUCUUUCGCUUCCUCUCUUGGUUUGUCCUCCUCUCUCCCCUCUUCGGGCUUCAACGACGUCGAUUUUCGCAAAACCGGUCCUCUCCCGCCGACUAGACCGCAGAAGAAGCAAAAACAAUCUCCGGCCGCCAAGUCGACGGAGAGUCAGAAUCCUCGAGACCGGAAUUCCAGACCUGGCGAGAAGCCCAAGCCUAAACCACCUGUUCUGUCACUCGAUAACGGCAAUGGCGACAAGCAUUUAGGGUUCGAGAAAUUCAAGAACAUGCCUAAGCUUCCGCUGAUGAAGGCCAGCGCGCUUGGAGUUUGGUACGCCGAUCAAGCGGAAUUGGAGACGAAGGUCGUUGGGAAGGAGAAGAAGGUGGAGGCGAGGAAUCUGAAUGAGUGGAAGAGUUUUGUGGAGAAAAAGAGAGAGCUUGGAGAGAGAUUAAUGGCACAAUACGCUAAGGAUUACGAGUCUUCGAGAGGGCAGAGUGGGGACAUUAAGAUGUUGUAUGCCACGCAGAGGUCGGGGACGGUAACCGAUAAGGUCUCGGCGUUUUCGGUCUUGGUUGGAGACAAUCCCGUUGCCAAUUUGAGGUCUCUUGAUGCACUUCUGGGAAUGGUAUCAUCGAAAGUGGGAAAACGACAUGCAUUGACUGGUUUUGAAGCACUAAAAGAGUUGUUUAUUUCAAGUUUAUUGCCUGAUCGUAUGCUUAAGAGCCUGUUGCAGCGGCCAUUGAAUCAUCUACCUGAGACAAAAGAUGGUUACUCCCUCUUGCUCUUUUGGUAUUGGGAAGAAUGCUUGAAACAGAGGUAUGAGCGAUAUAUUUUUGCUCUCGAGGAAGCAUCAAGAGAUAUGUUGCCUGUACUAAAAAACAAGGCAGUGAAGAUUAUUGAAACACUGCUAAAGAGUAAAUCAGAGCAAGAGCGCAGAUUGCUCUCUGCCUUAGUGAACAAACUAGGAGAUCCAGAAAAUAAGGGUGCUUCCAAUGCUGAUUUUCAUUUGUCAGAGCUUUUGAGAGACCAUCCAAAUAUGACGGCUGUAGUGAUUGAUGAGGUGGACUCUUUUCUCUUCCGGCCUCAUUUGGGAAUACGAGCAAAGUAUCAUGCUGUUAACUUUUUAAGUAAAAUCCGUCUGUAUCACAAAAAAGAUGGACCAAAUGUGGCAAAGCGUUUAAUAGAUGUAUAUUUUGCACUUUUCAAGGUUCUGAUCUCGGAGGUAGGAGAUAGUCAGGAGAAGGAUAAAAGUCACAAACCUGGGGAUGGAAAGGAUUCCAGAUCUUUUAAGCAUGGUAAAACAAAGCAUUCAUCAGAAUCUCAUGUUGAACUGGACUCACGUUUGCUAUCAGUUCUUCUAACGGGAGUGAAUAGAGCAUUUCCAUAUGUCUCGACCAGUGAUGCUGAUGACAUUAUAGAGGUGCAAACGCCAAUGCUAUUCCAACUGGUUCAUUCAGACAAUUUUAAUGUGGGAAUUCAAGCGUUAAUGCUUCUUUAUAAGAUCUCCUCUAAGAAUCAGGUUGUCAGUGACAGGUUUUAUCGAGCCUUGUAUGCAAAACUAUUGCUCCCUGCUGCGAUGAAUUCUUCCAAGGCGGAAAUGUUUAUUGGACUCCUCCUCAAAGCAAUGAAAAGUGAUGUGAAUUUGAAGCGUGUGGCUGCUUUUGCAAAGCGUGUGAUGCAGGUAGCCCUUCAGCAGCCACCUCAAUAUGCUUGUGGAUGCCUUUUUUUGCUUUCUGAAGUUCUCAAGACAAGGCCGCACUUGGGGAAAAUGGUGCUUCAGAGUGAGUCAGCUGAUGAAGAAGACGAACAUUUUGAAGAUAUUGUGGAAGAGGCUGAUGAUCGACCAGGCUCUGCUUCAGGCAAGCAAGAGACUGAUGGUGAGCCUGUUGAGAAUGGUGGUGCUGCCACCCCUGAUGGUGAUUCUUCGGAGGAUGAUGAUGAGACUCCAGUCCCUGCCUCUGAAGAUGAGGCUUCAGAUGAAGCAGACGAGUUUCUUGUAAGAGAUGAUGCAGAAGACGUCAAUGAAGCCAAAACAAUGUCUGGUUCUAGUGGGAAGCAAUCUCAAGCAUCCUCUAAGAAGUCUUCACUGCCCGGAGGCUACGAUCCACGGCACAGAGAACCGUCUUACUGCAACGCCAAUCGUGUAAGCUGGUGGGAACUGACGGCACUUGCUUCACAUGUGCACCCCUCAGUUUCCAACAUGGCAAACAGACUUCUAAAAGGGAGCGACAUUAUCUACGAUGGAAAUCCAUUAAAUGACCUCUCGCUUACUGCUUUUCUAGACAAGUUUAUGGAGAAGAAACCCAAAUCCAGCACAUGGCACGGUGGUUCACAAAUUGAACCUGCCAGGAAGCUUGAAAUGAGCAACCAUUUGAUUGGGCCAGAGAUUCUGUCAUUAGCUGACGAGGAUGUACCGCCGGAAGACCUUGUCUUCCACAAGUUCUAUGUCAAUAAAAUCAACUCCUCGAAGAAACAGAAGAAGAAGAAGAAGAAGAAAGGGGCGGAUGACGAAGCUGCUGAAGAGUUAUUUGGCGCUGGUGACGAUGAUGAAAGCGACAAUGAAGAGAUUGAGAACAUGUUGGAUUCUGCUAAUAUUUCUACGAAUGCAGAUGGUGACUACGAUUAUGAUGAUCUUGACCAAGUUGCUGAAGAAGACGAUGAAGACUUGGUUGGUAAUGUCAGCGACGCUGAAGAUGCGGACAUACCAUCAGAUAUUGCUGAAGAAGAAGAUUUUGAUGCUACUGCAAAUGAAAGCGAUGAUGGCGAUGAGGACAGCGACAUUAUCAAUAUCGGAGAUGCAGAUGAUGGCGGUUUUGAACAAAGGAGAAGAAAGCGAAAGCCUGGCAAGUCCAGAGUGUCUCCCUUCGCUAGCUUAGAUGACUACGAGCAUCUACUGAAUGAGGAUGUUCCUCCUGAAGAGGAACCUGCAAAGAAGAAGUCUAAGAAGUCCAAAUCACGCCGGAAGAAGAAGUCAUCUGACUAACUCCAAAAUCAUCGCCUUUUCUUGUUCAGUGUAGCCUGCCUAAUGGAGGACUUUGUCCCUGAAAUUCACAGCUGGGAAAACCUCAAAAGAGUGGGAUUUUGCUGCCUUGCCUCUCAAUUUGCUUGGUAAUCAUGCUUGUCCAUCAAUUUUGAAGUGUUGAAAAUUAACUUAUUACUUGUAUUUGUACCGUCUUGAGUUUCUGAGUGAUCCAUCAUAUAAAAAAGCAUGCUGAAGGGUUGUUGCAAUAAGAUGCA